CACCAGUGACAUAUUCUUUUAGCUUUAGAAAGCCACUUCUUCUUCAAUCUUCAUCUUCUUAGCUGGAAGAUCCCCAUAAAAUCAUCUGUACUGAUCAUAUCAUUUAAUUCCAGCAUCGAUGUGACGCACAAUAAAUUAAUUCAAUACCCCAAAUUCAACUAAAGAAAAAAGAAAAAACAAAAAUGCCAACCUUAUUGAGGUUAGAGCCUUUUUAGACUGUUCAAACUUCAUUGAAAGCAUUACAUCAGAGAGAGUCAACAAAACCUUUCAAUUCACUUCACAAUUUGUCCAACUUUCACACUCAUGCUAAAAAAAGUUAAAUCCACCUCUUCAGAAAGAAGAAGAUACUGGAUAGAUAUUUUUGGCCUUUAUAUAAUCUUCUCUUUGUUUGAUUACUCUCUUCUUUCUUCCUUCAUUCCUUUCUUUCUGUGCUUUGAGAGACAGAAAAAGGAACAGGCUUUCUAAAGCAACCCUUCUUUAUUUGAGGCGGAUAAAACGGGUUACUUCACAGAUCCACAUUCCUUUUGGUAAGCUCAACCCUGUUUUCUUUCUUUUCUAUUUUUAACCAAUGUAUAGAGAUUUUCUGGAUAAACGUGAAAAGAAGAUCAAUUGAAAAAAACUGAACCCAGUUUCUGAAAAUGGUUAAAGAUUGCAACUUGAUAUCAGUUUUGAUGAAUGAUGAUGAGGUAAACAUUUGCUUCACCAGCCACCUGCUGCAUGUAAUAAUGUGAAUAUAUUGGGUAAUUGGUUGUUGUUUGAUUCUGGCCCCUUUUUUGUGUUUUGGGUUUCUUUUUCCUUCUUUACUCUGUCUUCAUUGAUCAAAUUAGCCAUCUGUUAUAAUUGAGCUUUUUUACUGAUGGGGAAUAGGAAUAAAGGGUCUUGCUAGUUCUUCUCUCUGUCAUAAUUAUCUAAUUUGGCUUUAUAGUGUUAUGUUUCUUGUACUACUUUCAAUCUGCUUCAUCCAUUACCCGUUUAUCUUAUGUGUUUUAACCGAUUUGAUUGUGUGAUAAGUUAUGAGUUUGUACUUGUCUUUGAUUUUGCUGUCCUCUGUGUUCAGUUUUCUGUUCAUGACUUAUAAUUAGUUCUGUCCUGCAGAUCUUCAGUGAAAUGCAUUUCGAUUCUGUACUUGGUUUUUAUCGUUUAUACUAUCAUCUACUCUUUAGAGAUUAAUUCCUAGUAAUCAAAUUAGCCUAUUUCGUGGACGUUAAAUUCUGAAACAGAGAAAGUGAACAAGCUUUAGGUUGUUAGAUUAUGUUAGAGCUAAAGAAAUAUACUAUAUAUAAUCCAUCUUGCGUUUAGAGUGCAUCAGGUGUUCUUUCUGCUGAUUCUUACGCACCCUUCUGAUUUCCAGGAUGGACUGACACAUUGGAAUCCCUUGGCAGUGUCGCCUUCUUGUUUGAAGUAGGAUUGAUUAUGGAGGACGGAUGUGACCUCCGGCAAUGGGAUGAUUUAAUACCGGAUGCACUUGGUUUAAUUUUCAGAAAUCUCUCGCUUAAGGAGAUACUUACUGUGGUUCCUGUAGUAUGCAAAUCAUGGAAGAGAGCUGUGACGGGGCCUUAUUGUUGGCAAGACAUCGAUAUUGAGGAAUGGAGCCGGCAUUGCAGGCCUGAAAACAUUGAUCGGAUGCUUAGAUUGCUUGUAACAUGGAGCUGUGGUUCACUGCGCAGACUCAGUGUCUCCGGCAUCUCUAAUGAUCCAAGCUUUGCUUUUGUUGCGAACCAUGCUAAAUACUUGCAAACACUCAGUCUGCAAAGAAGUGAAAUAAGCGACUCAAUCGUUGAACAAGUUGCUGCAAAGCUAUCAGCUGUGACUUUUUUGGAUUUGAGCUAUUGCUCAAAAAUAGGAGCCCACGCACUGGAAGCAGUUGGGAAGCACUGCAAAUUUCUGACUAGCUUGCGUCGAAUAAUGCACCCACUUGAGGUGAUUGACAAAGGAUCCCAAGAUGAUGAAGCUCUUGCUAUUGCUUCUACGAUGCCCAAACUCAAGCAUCUUGAGGUUGCCUACCUGCUUGUUAGGACAGCCAGUAUGGUUGAGGUUCUCACGAAAUGCACACAGCUUGAACUCUUAGAUAUACGGGGUUGCUGGGAUGUCAAGCUUGACGAGAACUUCUUGAAGAAGUUCCCGGCAUUGAAACUUGUUGGACCCAAUGUUACAGAUUUUUAUGAUGUGAAUUACUCAGACUACUGGGAUAGUUGUUCGGAUUACUCAGAUUCGUCCGGCUACUUAGCCUGGGAUUUCGUAGCUGAUGAUAUGGACGACGACUAUGACGAACUUCCAGGUAACUUGUCAGAUGAGGAACAAAUUCAGGAUGUGGGAAUGUUAUUUUACAAUGAUGUGGAGCCAAUGGAUGCUGGAUAUGAGUGGCCCCUAGAUCCAUGAGGUUUGUCCAAUAAGUGCAAAAUCAGAUGCUCCAGAAAUGCAGAAAGCACAUCUACAUAAAAACAAGGGGCUUAUGCUUUUAUUAGACCGCUUUGGGUAAAAAAGCAUUUCUGAACUCUCCUGCAAGAUGUAAAUAUAGUUACCCUAAUGCUGUGAUGAUCUUGCAAGAAAAGCUCUUUUUCUUUCUGUAAUUGCAGCAAGUUUAUGACUUACCUUGUUUUCAUCAACUGAUUAGCAAAUG